AAGAUAAUCAUCUGCUAUAUUCGUUCGUAAAAUUAAUUAGAUUGUCAUUUCUGACGCAACCUCUAUGAUGGAAAGUCUUGUCGUGUUUUUGUCUAUUGCAGGAUUGGCGCUUGGUGCCAACACAGCGUGCCUGACUGUCGAUCAGAUAGUAGAUAUGGUAUUUUUUGAGGCUGAUACCGACAUGGAUAAUAACCUUAGUAUGCAAGAGUUCUCUGCGACGCUGGAGAACAAUUGGGGCAUCACCCCGGGUGGGGCAGGUCUCAGCAUCAGCGAGUUCACGAACCUGUGGGUUAUCCACUACCAUGAUUCGCACCCGACGGCCCACGAUUUUGCUGUAAACCUUGACAUUAACAACGACAAGCGCAUCACCGACGUCGAUAUGAAUAUGUACGCCGGCAUCUAUGACGCGAACCCCAUGGACGGACAGUUUAGUAAAGAGGAGUUCCUAACCUUCAUGCACGCCGUCCACCCAGACCCACACAAUGCAGGGGGACAUGGUUGUCACUGAGGCCUGCGUUACAAAAUGUAAUUCCUUGCAUUUGAAAGGAGGAGCUAAUAAAAGUCUUAUAAAGGGAA